AUGUCAGAUAAUCCGUUGCUCAAGCCUGAGAAAUCGAUUAAGUUAGGAAACGACUACACAGCAGGUAAAGUCACAGAUCCAUCAAUUGUUACUGAAUCAGUUGAAAAAAUCUUAAAAAACGGAUUACUUGAAUAUCACUAUUUAAUGAGAAAUUUAACUCUCCUUUACUAUUAUGCUCCAUAUAAAAUCGACUUAAAAGCUGCAAUCUUAAAAGCUAUGAUUGACGUUGCAAAGAAAUCAGAUUAUCAAGGAAGCAUCAAUUUUCAGAUAGUUAGACUAAUAUUCGAUUCACAAUUCUCACUAAGCUUGAUGUGCCUCAAGGAAAAUUCUCAUAAAGAAGUUAUUGACCAAAUGGUAUUAUUUAUGGGUGAACUAUCUUCAGAACAAGAUAAAAAGAAUUGCCAAGCUCUGCGAAUUGUAAUACAAAAAGCUCUCAAGGAUAAUUCAGAUUAUUCUUUCGUUUUUUAA